GCACAAGCAUAAAGCUGCCAAGUUCAACCAAACACGCCCGUUCGUUUGCUGUGCUCUCUGUGCCCUGUUGCCGUCGGUUGGGGUCUCUGUCACUGGGUGCAGAUGUGCUUCAUCAACUCGUGGCGCGGGAACAGCUGCAGCGGAUUGUGUUUGUAGCUGUGUUUUUUUUCUUCUCGAAGCUAUGUAGCGACGCUACGCAGAGGAGCCUCCUAUAGGCGUGACUGGGAGGCUUUGUGCAGAGUGGCUGGCUGGCUGACUGUGUAGCCAACGCAUGGUCUGUCAUUGCAGCGGUUCUGACAAACGGACUCCUGACUCCAGCGACUUAUCAGAAACGCGCAGCCCUGUCCAGUUUGAGUUGUAAUUAACUCUUUCAGAAGUGGCAUUCUCGGUGCACCGUCAGCCUCGUGUUAAUUUUGUUCCACCACCACCACCACAUGUGGCUUUACAUCGAGCUGUUCUGUUUCACACUGCGAUGGAUGCGGGUGCGUGCCACUUGUGGCGCGAGUGUAUGUUAAUGUGAGGCUUUGGUUCUAACGCACAGGACUGCAGCAGCAGUAGCAGGGGCCGCCUGUCUGGUCUGGUCACCUCUUGGACAACACUCAGUCUCCGCUCCAAGCCCUCGUCCACAGCUGACCGUGUGCACAGAGCUCCGUGUCGCUGUCUCAAAGUUUGAAGGAAGGGGAGGAGCCCUGGACAGCCCUCGCUUCCCUCUUCACAGGAAGGGGAGGAGCCCUGAGGAAAGGGAACCGCUCUCCUCUAGGUGCAUGAUGUCAUCGCAAGUUGAAGGACAUCAAGUCGAUUGAUCAAGUUCAAGUUGGGCUUGAGACAUAUUUAUAUGUUAUGAGCUAAAUAGAAUCAAAUUGAAUUGUUUAAAAGAUAACUACUGAUUUAUGUUAUGUGUACUGUAUAUAAGAGUUACUGUGAGCGUUUUGGUCUCAGUUAGUUUGUGGGGGUGAGAGGAUGAAUAGAGAUAUUACUACAGGUCUGAAUUAGUGUUAAAAGUCUAGGAUGUGAUCUAUUUUUGUUUGUUUAGAGUGUGUUCUAAGCUGUUGGAUAAAAAUGGACACAAGUUUAAGGGAAGCUCUCUGGAGCCCAGCGGACAAGUGAAGCCAAGGGCAUAUUUCACACACACUAAUGCGCUGUUUGAAAGCUCAUGAGGCAGUUCAAGAAAUACAUCUUUAAAUAUUUAUCCUGGAUAUUUGUGAAACAUUUCUUCUGAACAGAGCCGACUUUGCUUUGUCUCAUGUGUCCAGGGGGAGUGUGCUGCGCUGUGCUGAGCGCUGUGCUGAGCGUGUGCUGCGGUGCGGUGCGGUGUGGUGGUGGACCUAUUUUGGGAGAAGACUGGCACCAAACGGAGCUGAAAAGAGGAAGAGGAAGUGAGAAAAGAGAAACAAGAUGGAGUCUGUGGCACUGGAACACUCUCCCACCGUCGACGAGCUGGUGGACGCCUGCAUCCAGGCCUUUGAUGAGGAGGGGGCAGUGAUGGACUCAUCUGUGGUGCGCAUGUUUCUUAUGAUGCAUCCGUGGUAUCUGCCCUCCACAGAGCUGGCCAAGAAACUGCUGCUCAAAUCGCAGGAGGAGGGAUGCACAGACGACGUGAGGUCCCAGAUAUGCCAUCUCGUCAAGUACUGGAUUGCUGAGUUUCCAGUGGAGUUUAAUUUGAACCAUGAACUGGCUGAUCAGAUCAAAGACCUUAGGGAGCUCCUUAGCACCGAAGGCAACGAGCAACAGAGCCAGCUCAUCGACGUGGAGAGUGUGCCCUCGUACAAAUGGAAGCGUCAGGUGACCCAGCGCGUGCCGUCCAUGUCCAAGAAGAGAAAGAUGUCUCUGCUGUUCGACCACCUGGACUCCUGCGAACUGGCCGACCACCUCACCUACCUGGAGUACAAGUCUUUCUGCAAGAUACUGUUCCAGGACUACCACAGCUUUGUGAUGCAUGGCUGCACGGUGGACAACCCUAUACUGGAGCGCUUCAUCACCCUGUUCAACAGCGUGUCCCAGUGGAUCCAGCUCAUGGUGCUCAGCAAGCCCACCGCCCCACAGAGAGCAGCGGUCAUCUCCAGCUUCAUACACGUGGCGCAGAAGCUGCUGCAGCUGCAGAACUUCAACACCCUGAUGGCCGUGGUGGGGGGUCUGAGCAACAGCUCUAUCUCCAGGCUCAAGGACACACAGGCACACAUCAGCAACGAAACCAACAAGAUCUUUAACAGUCUGAUCGAGCUGGUGUCCUCGUGUGGGAACUACAGCCAGUACCGUAGGCGGUUCUCCGACUGUUCUGGUUUCCGGUUCCCCAUCCUGGGCGUGCACUUGAAGGACCUGAUUGCGGUGCACGUGGCGCUGCCGGACUGGGCUGACCGGGAGAAGACCCGGGUCAACCUGACCAAGACCCAGCAGCUGUACAGCAUCCUACAGGAGCUGGCGCUCGUCCAGACCACGCCGCCCACCAUGGAGGCCAACACAGACCUGCUCAACCUGCUCACGGUGUCUCUUGACCAGUACCACACAGAGGAGGAGAUCUACCAGAUGUCUCUUCAGCGAGAGCCUCGUAAAUGCUCGAACUCCACUCCACAGACGCCAACCCCUGCGCCGAAGCCAUCCAUGAUGGACGAGUGGGCGAUGUCUGUGAAACCCAAGGCAGACCCUGCCAUCAUCACCAAACACAUCGAGAAGAUGGUUGAAUCUGUGUUCAAGAACUUCGAUACAGAUGGAGAUGGCUACAUCUCCCAGGAGGAGUUUGAGAUUAUCAGGAACAAUUUCCCUUACCUGAGCAAGUUUGGAGAGCUUGACAAAAACCAGGAUGGAAAGAUCAGCCGUGAAGAGAUGAUUGAUUACUUCAUGAAAGCCAGCUCUCUGCUCAACUGUAAGAUGGGUUUCAUCCACACCUUCACAGAGACCACCUACGUCAAGCCCACCUUCUGCGAGCACUGCGCCGGCUUUAUAUGGGGUUUCUAUAAACAAGGCUACAAGUGCAAAGUGUGUGGGGUGAACUGCCACAAGGCGUGCCGGGCGCGUCUGGCUGUGGAGUGCAGGAAGAGGACCAAGAGCAUCAGCCACGAGUCCCCACCAGCACUGCAGGCCCGAUCAUACAGCUUCCCACCGCCCUCCAACUCACCAGCCAACCUGCAGCACACAGGUGAGCACACACACACACACACACACACACUGCAGGCCCGAUCAUACAGCUUCCCACCGCCCUCCAACUCACCAGCCAACCUGCAGCACACAGUUAUCGUUGAAGAAGAUAUCGAGGCAGUGGAGGAGGGCGUGUUUGAUGUCCACCUAUAACCAAAAAUAUGCCUGUGGCUUCCUAAGACAUAACCUAAGACAGAAACAAAAACUUUUACAUAAUUCAACCUGCCAGAAACUGAUGCUAGUUUGGAAACACUUUGGUGCUUCUAGGCAGAGAAGUGUCAAUUGCCAUGCUAGCUGACACCCUCUGGCCUACUGACAAGCAAGUGCAGCAGCCAGUUAGCAAGCUAUCCCCACCCAGCAAAAGCAUUUAGCAUACUAGGCUAGCAGUGUGCCACUUUUCUGAUGAUGCAGCAUGGAGGCGAACCUGCCAGCCAGUGACUCUUCCUUGUGAUAGGAGUUGAAGACAGCCGCCACUAUUUAGCCUGAUAGCUGGAAGGAGGGAAUUUACUGAGAGUGCCCAUAAACACAUGUGUAUCGCCAUCUGGUGGACAACGACUGAAACUACACAUGGACUUCCUCUUUCUCCAGUGAAGCUGGUAGAUUUCCCCCUCUGGAAUGUGAAAAUGAACGAACGAAUGAACGAAUUGGUAUUUGUAUUUGUAUUUGUUAUAUCAGUACCUUUGUAUUCAAGUGUGUUUACAUUUGUGGACAGUUUCUGUUUUGCUGUGCAUGCCAUUUGCUGUUUUUCUUUUUAUCAUUUUAAACCCUAACUACCCAGACCAUAAUGCUAUCAGUCUGCUGGUGGGAAAGCCUCUGGUUUUUAGUCACAGGAAGUUGUGUAACUUUGUGUGCUAUUUUCAGUACAGUUUUUUGAAUAUUCUCCAAGACUUAAAUGGUGCUGUGUGUCUUUGUGCCAAGAAUGUAUUGGGAAUGAACCUGACUCAGAUCUAUUUCAGCUUUCUCUGUGUGUGUGUGUGUGUGUGUGUGUGUACGGUAUAAGAAUGUAUUGGGGAUGAAUCUGACUCUUUGUUCUAGUUCAGAUCUUGUGGAGGAGUUAGUCGACAUUUUGUAGACUCUAAAUAUGAUGGCUUUGAAGGGAAAGUGUGUGUGUGUGUGCGCGGUGUAUGCGUUUGUGGUUGUGUGUGUGUGUGCAGUGUAUGCGUUUGUGGUUGUGUGUGUGUGUGUGUGUGUGUGUGCAGUGUAUGCGUUUGUGGUUGUGUGUGUGUGUGUGUGUGCAGUGUAUGUGUUUGUGGUUGUGUGUGUGUGUGUGCAGUGUAUGCGUUUGUGGUUGUGUGUGUGUGUGUGUGUGUGUUUUUGCAGCACCAGUCUUCUGUACAUACAUCCCCACCAAUGCAGUAGCAACUGAAAACAGAUAUACAUACUCUGCAAACUCAACAUAUUUGAAAUAUUUGCCAGCUUAGCUAUGUUAUAAUUCAUAACAUGGGUUAUUUGUUUGUGCUGUGCUAUUUGGUUUAGUAUGAUGGAAUUUUAAAUCUGAAAUGAAAAAUGUCAGGUUACAGGUUACCUGUGUUUUAUUCCAAAUAUUGAAUAUUGUUCUGAGAAUUUGAACUAUUCUAUCCUGUUUUUGUAGUACAAGUACCUGUUGCAAUGCAUGUAUGUACUGGUUAAAUUCUCUUUACUGUUUCUGGUGUGCACUGAUGUUUAUUUUGCCAAAUACAUUUUGUACAUAUGAUCGUUUAUUUGUUAAAGGGAAUGGUUGUGACUAGACGAUUUGUCACCAUUUUUCUUUUCUCUCAGAAUGUUAUGUACAGUACUGUUCACAUAUCACUGCUAUAUUAUAUACUGUUUCCAUAAGUAAACACAACAAAUAAACACAUUCAGAGCAUUGAUG